UUGUGUUUUCUUCAACUUCUCGUAAAAAAAUAUUUUCAUGAAAAAUUCAACCCAGCAAUCAAAUCUCAUACAAAUUAACCCGAAAACAUCUUAUUCUGAUGAUAUCUUCGAGUUCUUCACACGUUACACCGUGCAUUUCAGCCGUAACAGAUUCGUGGAGACCAUAAAACCCAUGAGAUAUCAAUGCGCUCUUCGGUGAGCUAUAUACUAUCGCACGCUCCAGGAGAGUCGGUCAUGUCGCACCCGGACUACGCCCAGCAGGCGCAGCACCACGCCUGCCUGCUGGUGCUCGUCAAGGGAAUCGGCGGCGUCCUCAAGAACUUCAACAAAAUGUAUGAAAGAAUACAGAGGAUCAACAACAUAAAAGUCACUGAUUCUACGGGCCAAGUCCGAGACAUUUGGGUCAGAUAUGUCAGGGACUACCCUGUAGAGAAUAAUGACUGGGGUGACUUCCAGACACACAGGAGGCUUCUUGGCCUAAUCACACUGAGCAAAUUCACAAACCAAAUAGAGCUGAAUGAGGUGUGCCGAGUACAUGAGUCACUGAAAGUGAAGUAUUCAAACACCCUGUAUGACUCUCGAGCCUUCAUGUUCGGUCCCAACAGCAAUAUGAAGAAGCCGGAACAGGAACCGGAAACUUAUGAUGUAUAUGAAGAGGAGAAGCCAAUAAAAGAUGGAAGCAUUUUUAGUGACAGGAUAUCUCUUCCCAGUGACCAAGCAGAGCCACCAAGCAGUCUUUCCUCAGCAGACAGUUUCCCUCAUUCGACAUCAUCCACCAUGUCCAUCCCUGUCCAUGAGGAGAACUUCACUACACCUUCCAAUUUCAAAACUCAUGCCAUGUUUUACGGAGAAAAUGAUCCAGUACCAGACUUGGAGCAGAAUGUGGCGGAUCUUAUCAACUCCUUGUUCUGGGUGGUGGAGUCUAAAAGACUUGAAAGGUCUCGAGAGAAGCUUGAAAAGGUUUCUUUGUUGUUGGCUCCGUUUGAGAAGAAGGAUUUUGUUGGCCUCGACAUGGAAUCGCGAAACAACAAGAAGCGCUGCAUGGGGCGGGUAACGAAGAGCCUGGGCGACCUGAGCCUGCAGGCGGGGCUGGCGGCCGACAGCCUCGCGCUGUACCACGCCGCCGCCGACACGCUCCGCGCGGUCAACGACUGGCUGUGGCUCGCCGCCGCUAAGGAAGGCCUCUGCGCAGCAUCGGCGAUCCUCCUCUACCCGAACCUACGGAACCCGACGACAUUCCAAAGAAACGCUAGUCUGCAAGAGAACUCGCCGAACAAAACCAAACUGUCCUUAUUCCAACCUCCCACCGACCCAUUCCGCCGAUACAAGGGCAUUUCCUCCCCUCUACGCUCUUCUAAAACCUCUAGUCCUACCAACCCACCUACUGAACUUACCCCAUCGUCCUCCGAAAGUGUAGAAACCUCUUCAAGACUAUCAGAAACUGAUAACGCUGACACGGAAUCGCUUGCCUCCUCAAGCGAUGUGGACUAUCCUAGUCAUAAAUCCUUUUUACCGGACCUCCCGUCAAUACCUAGACAACCUCCUUCGCAUGUCACCAACCAGUACCUUUUGAAUGGUGAAGAAAUUGCCGAGAAGUACCGUAAAGCGAUUAUACACUACAGUAAAUAUCAGAACGCUGGUAUCAUUGAGACGGAAGCGUGUUUUAAAGCAGCAAGGAUAGCGGUCGAGCAGAAUAAUAGUCUACACGCGUCAAGUUUUCUGCAGAACGUUAUAUUCAUCAACUUGACGCUCAGCGAACAAGAGAAGAUCCAGAGAUUUGAUACGCUGGCCGAGCUUUACAAAGAAAUCGGUAAGUAA